AUGGUUCCAGACGUUGAAAUGGAAGGCUCAAACGACUGUGUGAAUCAAUUAAGUGAAUUAGUUAGUGGAAUGCGGAAUAUGCACACCGGAUACUGCGGUCAAGCGUGCCAGAAUAUUUGUGCUCAAUCCGCCACUGUUUACCAUCAGGCUGCAGAGAAGUGGGGCGCUAAACCAACCCUUCUACCAGCUGAUCCGAAACAGUCAUUGGAGGAAUUCCCCACCGCGGACUCCGCUUAUCACUCUGCACUCCCAUGGAGGGAUUACUCCGUUUUUGACGCUGGCCAUGAGGUUUUCGAUCGAAUGAAAAUAUCGCCUUGUCAAGAGAUUAAUCUCGAUCCCAAGUUGAAUUCUCAUUCGGAUGACGAAAUGGUUCCCACUGGGUCCACCUGGAUGACUUCAUUGAAAGUGAGUUUCCGUCACUCGCCCGCUGCUGAUAGACGGAUGAAUAAACUAACCUGCGUUCAUUCCGAAGCGGAAUAUUCCAUGCACCAUCAGGAGCAUGAUUACGCCCAUCACAAACAUUACUUGCAACAGCAUCACUAUGGUUCCAGUUGCUUCCAUUACACAUCCUCACGUUCGUCCCCACUUUCGGAAGAACACGUUGAACAGACUGGUAAUCUCAAUUAUCUUACGCCGAGUGACCCGGUGAAUGAGCCCCAUUUUCGAGAAAUUUACCCUCAUUACCAUCAUCAUUACCAUCACAACCAUCAUCACCACCAGCACCACUCGCUUCGUGGAUUCAGUUUCCCCAUCAAGCCAUCUGAUGAGGAAGACAUUUCAUUCGCUUGGAACGGCAGUGUCUGUGAGGGCCUCGGUACCCAAGCAAAUCUACGGAUGGAAACAUUGCAAUUCUGUGAUCCGACCGAUAACACGAAUUCUAAUCCCGACUUCCAUGGGGCUUGGCAUCGACUGAAAGUUCGCGUUCUAGCUUGGCUAGACAGUGUACAGGGAGCCGGUAUUAGUGUGUUAGAUGAUCCGAACAGCUCGGAAUUGGGAUCGGCAGAUAACAGUGCCAAAAUCGAACUAUGA